ACGCACUUUUUUAGAAAGCACGUCAGUUACGAAGCGGAGUUCAAACCACCUGAUGAUCUCCGGUACAACCUGCUUACUUAUAACACUAAAUCUACCUCGAGUAACAAAGUGUGUCGCUUGAACCUUGUUUCCUUCGUAACUCCUGGUGUUUUAAAGAGAUUUAGGUUGAAACAUUGCACUAGUUUGUGUUGAUUUCUGCUCCUAAUUGCACUUGAGCGUUGAUUGAGGAUGCAUACUACCCAAAAGGACACGACCUACACCAAGAUAUUUGUCGGAGGUUUGCCUUAUCACACCACGGAUUCCAGCCUAAGGAAAUACUUUGAGGUGUUUGGGGAAAUCGAGGAAGCUGUCGUGAUUACCGACAGACAGACAGGGAAGUCCAGGGGCUAUGGUUUUGUGACAAUGGCAGACCGCUCUGCAGCAGACAGAGCUUGUAAGGACCCCAACCCUAUCAUUGAUGGCAGGAAGGCCAACGUGAACCUGGCUUACCUGGGAGCCAAGCCGCGGGUGAUGCAACCAGGUUUCACGUUCGGUGUGCCCCAGAUUCAUCCGGCUUUCAUCCAGAGACCUUAUGGGAUCCCCGCUCACUACGUAUAUCCACAGGCAUUCAUGCAACCCAGUGUGGUGAUCCCUCACGUGCAGCCGGGCACUGCAUCCGCUGCCACCGCCACCGCCUCCUCGCCCUACAUCGACUACACUGGAGCUGCAUACGCACAGUAUGCCAGUGCUGCCACCGCUGCUGCUGCAGCUGCUGCAUAUGAGCAGUACCCGUAUGCCGCCUCGCCUGCUGCAGCUGGCUACGUCACAACAGCCGGCUAUGGCUACGCUAUGCAGCAGCCACUGGCCGCUGCCACUCCAGGCUCGGCGGCAGCUGCCGCAGCCGCAGCAUUUGGUCAAUACCAGCCCCAGCAACUGCAGGCCGAGCGCAUGCAAUAGCAGCUUAUGGCAUGGAGCAGUGAUUGGGGGGGAAAGCCGAUGCCCAGUGACUGCUCAUUGGCUUCGUAGAGGUGUCUCAAGAGAGGGAGGAUAAUGUGAUGAGGAUGAUGAUAAUGAGGAUUGAUGGAGGUGUUUAAAUGAGGUGGGAUCUCCAUCGCUUUCCAACUUGCUGUGAUUAAACCAAAAAAAAAAUGUGAAAAAAAAAAAAAUCAGAGAAGGCCGAAAGUCAGAGAUUUAACUUUUUACCAUUAUUGAUACUGUUAUUGUUACCUUUAUGCUUAAUAUUGAUGUAGUGUAUUUAUUGCUAAAGGAGAACGCAAUGACUAAUCACUGUGGCUUGGAGGUGUAGACAAAGCCUUGAGUCCAGAUGCUGUCAUUAAAUUAGAAGACUUUUCUUCACGAAGGACGUUAGAUGUCCAAACAGUGUUUUGUUUCUGAAAGCCCUCUAACUUACAUAUUUAUUCUCAUUUUUGAGGGCUUUUUCGGUUCUGUCGUCUAAUGUGCAUUGCAAGGUUUUGUUUUCUGAUUAUCAGGGAAAUGGAGCGUUUAUCCAACAAAUUAGUAAAGACAAACAAACUCUGCCAAUCAGGGAGUAAUACACAUCUGUGGAGAAAUGAAGUGAAUGAAAGUGUAAUUGUAACUUUGUCUGGCAUGUUCAGGAUUACUUUUUAAUCUUCCUGAUGCUGAAUGUCCCUCUACUCUGAUUCCCAUUUUGAAUUCUUGAACUAUGCAAAGAGAAAACCGUCACCAGGAGACGAAACAAGCCGCAGAGAUUUCCUGCCACUCUCCUUUGAAGGACAACGAACAAUUUCGGAGCGCGAUGAAAGGACAUUACAUAGUAUUAUUUGUCUACUCACACACAUGCACACAUACAGACACUAAUUUCUUUAACACUGGGGCAAAAUGUUAACUCUGUGCAAACUCCUCAACACGUCAUUGAACACGUACAAUUAUUCAUGCACUCGCAUGGUAUGAUAAGUACGAAUUGACAAAAAAGGUCAGAGCUGAAGACUCGUGAGUGAGAAGCAGGCAACAGCUGCAGUGUGGACACACACAUACACACACACACUUCUCUGGAAAGAACGCAUCACUUGUGCUUGUUUGUUGAGCUGUCACAUUUUAAUCCCUGGGCCCGCCUGGGAACACGUCCCCCUCCAGCUUUGUCAGCAGUUCCACCUCUGUCCUAGUGAGAUGGACUGAAGGCUGAAGCACAGGUUGCACUUCGCCGAUCCUCUUCUAGCAUCAACCUCGGCACCAGCCACCACAUCUCUCAAUCGCAAGCAGCUCCUCUAUGGAAUGAACGAAUGAGAGAACGAGAAACAGACUUCAACAAUGUACCAAUGAACUUCCAUCAGUCAACCAAACUCUAUCAGUGAAAAUAAUGUUCUUUUUUUUUUUUUGUUUGUUUGUGUGUUUGUCUACAGAAAUGCCUGUGCACCAGCAUGUCUUUCCUAGUGAGAGAUAAAUCCAUUCUCUGUUCUCUCAGAAAACCUGAUGUCAUAUUGUUAUACUAGAAAGCAGGACUAAAACUGAGCGCUCAAACUCAAGUAUGAUAUGAUAGUUCGCAGUGCCUUACAACUGUAAAGCUAUUUAAAGAGAAAAAGAGAACUGCUAUUUAUUUAUUUUGAGUUAUGCUGCGCUCUAAGGAUGUAGACUUAGUGGCGGUACUGUAUUAAUAAUAAUAAUAAUAAUAAUAAUAAUAAUAAUAAUAAUGUAUUCAUCUCAUGGCAUAUUAUAAGUUAUUGAGUAGAUUUAGUUAUAGUAUCAUUAACAUACUCAACCAAAAAUGUUGAUUUAUUUAAGAUACAAUUCUGUAUGUGCACUGUACUUUUUUUUUUCCUAUGCCUUAUGAAUUUUUAGAGCAUUUCAUUAAAUAUCUGCUAGGUUAAUGCCUCUUGUAAGAUGUUUAUUUAAUGCAGGCCUAUUUGCAGGCAGAAUCUUUUUUUUUUUUUUUUUCUAGAACGGUAGAAAUUUUUUAAAAAGAGAAAAGCUCCUUGUAAAAACUAGCAAAAUGCUGCUUCAUACAUUAGAAUGUAUAGUCCUUGUCAAGGUUCAAUAUCUGUGCUUCUACUGCUUUUAAUAUACAUCAGAUGGGCUGUUUUACACUGUCGGGAAUUUUUAUACUUGAACUUGAACAAGGGAAAAUAUGAAAAGCAAUAACAACAAAAAACUUUUAAGGAAGCAUUUCAUUGUCACUGGAUUUGGGCAUGUAAGGUGUUAUUUACUAUUUAAUGUAAAUCCAAAGGUUGUCUCAGUAAACUUAAUUUAAACCGUAUUACAGAUUUUCAACACUAUUUACUCAAAAAGAAAAUAAAAGGUUCUAUAUUUCAA